AUGUCCUUCGACGGCACCACUGCGACUCCCUCAAGCCGCCGCCGGGCCGGAUCCGCAGACGAAGACGAAGAGCCCCGUCGCCCCGCCCAAAGACAACGGCACAACGGAUCCCCCGCCCCGCCUCAGGCCGCAUUCAACUCAUUCCUGCACUUGAACCCCACUGACCGCAAGGGUCACCACAAGGCACCAGAUGGGCUGCCAGAUGACCCCGUCGCCUUGUCACCGACUCAGCAGCUGUACGCCAAUUUCGGUGCAGCCAGUCGGAUUGAAGACUGGAACAAUGUGUGGACCCUCCUCGUGGUUCAGAAGGACCAUCUCCUCUUUGGGAUGUCCCCGCUUCUGGCCGACCUGGAUCGCGACAACUGCACCCGCCCCACCAAUGACGAGGUCAACAUCCAGGUCGGACUGAUGGCUUGA